CGUUGAUAAAUCUAUAAAUAAGUACUCAUGGGACACUAGAAAAAUCCGUUAAACAAACAAAUCACGUAUUAAAUCGAAGGUGUUGAAUAUUAAAGAGAAAAAUGGUGAGUAUCAUGAAGAUAAUGAUGAUUAUAGCUCUGUUAGUGAUUGGCGUGAGUGCAAAGACUGUGGAACAAUGUAAACGAACAACGUGUGAGACUAAAUGUCAUGACAGCAAAAGUUUUGGUUGUUCUGAUUGUCUCCUUCGAUGCGCUUUUCCUGGAAGUGACAGUAAAAUAGAUCAACGGGCUUUGUGUAUCAAGAAUUGUGAUGUCGGUUGUGGCCCGAGCCAGGACUGCUACCAACGUUGUAUUAAACGUUGUCCUAGCCCUCUGAUUUGAGGUUUAGAGGUCCUAAACUUGUGCAACUAUUUUUCAAUACUUCUUUCUCAUUAAGUCUGUAAUGUCGGGGUAAAAAGAUUAUGUUUUAUAAACAUAUUAAAAUAAAAUAAAGAAAAUAUUAUAUUGAAACAUUUGACGGUGUCACAAAAAUACAGAAAUCUUUUGAGAUUUUGAUUAAUGAAUCAACUAUAAAUUAAAGAAGAAGACAUGAGAAAGAAGUAAAUGGUUUUACAUAAAUCUAGAGGGCCUUACUUUGCUAGAAAUAUAUUUUUAUAAUAUUAUAUGUUUGUUAAAGAAUUCGUAAUGUGCAUGGAAUUAUAAUUAUAAUUAUUUUAUUUUUCAUUUUAUUUUGUUGGUAAAUUUGUGGUUAAUUGGUGAUGAAUCUUCUUGUCGUCCCUUAAUUUCUCCAUAGAUG